CUUGUGCAUCUGGGUUGGUACGGUUCACCAAAGAACAAGAACUGCUUGCGUCAGACCUGCUUGCAUCCAUCCACAGAUAAAAUGUUGUCCUCCAAGUUGGCUCUUUUCUGCUGCACGGCACUGCUCCGAGCCGUCAACGCCCAGACAGCCACGACGUCUGGGCCUCUGACCUCGUACACGCUGACGGCCGACAACAUCACGGCCGUCUUCAUACCCUAUGGAGCCCGCCUGACCCAUCUGCUCGUGCCUGACCGGAAUGGCGACUUCCAGGAUGUGGUGGCAGGCUACGACAACGCCAGCCAGUACCCAGUCGACACCGCGACCAACCACACAUACUUUGGUCCCGUCGUGGGUCGCUAUGCCAACAGGAUCAAGAAUGGCACGUUUACCCUGGACGGCGUGACGUCGCACAUCCCAGAGAACGAGAACGACGGCCACGACACGCUCCACGGCGGCACGGUGGGCUACGACGCGCGCAACUGGACCGUAACCUCGUACACCAACGAGUCCAUCACAUUCACGCUGCUGGAUGAGGCCUUUGAGGGCUUUCCGGGCACCGUCCUCACCCACGCCACCUACACGGUGAGCAACACCAUCCAGGGCUCUGCGUGGGGCCUGUCCCACCCCAGGAUCACCAUGAAGACGACCUCGUUCGCCCUCGACCAGCCCACGCCCAUCAUGCUGGCCAACCACAUCUACUGGAACCUGAACGCCUGGAAGGACGAGACGAUCCUCAACGACACGACGCUGUGGAUGCCCUACGCGCGGCGCUACAUCGGCAUCGACAACAUCGAGGUGCCCAACGGGACCAUCUCGACGGUCGCCUCGCACCCGGUGCUGGACUUUACCGCGCCCAAGCUGGUCGGCGCCGACAUCAGCGGCGCCGUCGACUACUGCGGGCUGGGCUGCACAGGCUACGACAACGCCUUCAUCCUCGACCGGCCCGCGGACGCAGGGCCCACCUCGUCCAACUUCCCCGUCCUGUCAACCUGGUCGUCCACCACCGGCAUCCGCCUGGACAUCAGCACCAACCAGCAGGGCCUGCAGAUCUACAGCUGCAACGGCCAGAACGGCACCAUCCCCAUCAAGCCCAGCCAGAUCGCCCGCAACACCGAUGCCCCCGACGGCGGCGCCAAGUUCGUCAACAAGUACGGCUGCAUGGUCAUCGAGACCCAGGGCUGGAUCGAUGCCGUUAACAACCCGCAGUGGGGCCUGACCGACUACUGGUACAGCGACCCGAGCACACAGCCCAACGUCAUGUAUGCUACCUAUGACUUUACCACCUUCUGAGGUGUGUGAGCGAAAGUGAGAGAGCCCAUGACGGGGUAAACUUCUCUUGCUUGGAGGGUCAUGAUCUUGAGACGUGACGGAAAGAAGGAAAAGAAGAAAAAUAUUUCUUUCCCUUUAAAUAAUUAAUCUAAUAUCUCUUUCCUCCAUUG